CUUGCUGGCGGCGGGGCCGCACUCUGGCGCGCAAAGGUUGGCGUUCUCGAGAAGGGAGGCAAAAAGGUACAGGUCGCCUUGGUGAAUGUACAGCAGGUUGGCGUUGUCCAGAGCAAGUUUCGAACGCGCGGCGGGUUGUGGUCGAAUCGGUAG